UGAUUUUUACAAUCAAGCCACAACACAACACAACACAACAGCUUCAACAACAAGAGACAGGUAGUUGAAGAAACGAACCCUAACAUAAGAGAGAGAAACUUAGCACCUUUGCUUUGAUUUCAAGCCCCUUUUAGUACCAUUUUGCAUUUAGGGAUCUCGAAUCUUCAAUCUACAAAGGUAUUGAUCCUGCUUCUAUGGCAAAUUCAAAGAGCUCAUCGGGUGUCAGAAAUUUUGUGUAUCCUGGAAAGCAGGCUCAUGCUUUGCUUCCUCCCAAAAGCCCAUUUCCUAGUAUUUCUCAAGCAUAUGCUGAUUAUGUCUCAAAUCCUACUGUUGGUUCAAGACCUGUUAAUAAGCCAAGAGAAGGAAUCACACACCACCAACGUACUUCAUCUGAGAGUCAUCUUAUUGAAGAGCAGCCAUCAUGGCUCGAUGAUCUCCUAAAUGAGCCAGAUACACCUGUCAGAAAGGGCGGUCAUAGGCGUUCAUCAAGUGAUUCUUUUGCAUAUGUCGACACUCUUAAUGCGCCGAACAUCAGUUAUGGGGAUCAUGACGAGUAUAAAUAUAAGAAUUUCUUAUCUAUUCCAGCUUGGUCACCUCCAGAUUUUGAUCGUAACAAAGAUGCUCGUCAUGUACCCAUGUAUUCAGAAAUGAAUGCAGCAAAACAGAAAAAUAGAUCAUGGGACUCUUUUUCAAAUAUGAGUGGCGCUCCAUCUGGCAAAGACAAUGUAGCUUUUCAGAGAUCAGGAUCACCGACCCCAUGUACACUGUAUGAAGCAGAUCGGAUCCUACCAACAGCAAAUGAAAAUUAUGAUUCCGUAGAAUCUGGCUUACAAGACACUAGAUCAUCUUUUGAAAGAAAGGACGGUUUACAUGCAAAGUCAUCUGCUUCUGAAACAGAUACGAAACGUGCUAAACAGCAAUUUGCUCAACGAUCCCGGGUUCGUAAACUUCAAUACAUAGCCGAGCUGGAAAGAAAUGUACAGUCUUUACAGGCAGAAGGGUCUGAAGUAUCGGCCGAGCUUGAGUUUCUUAACCAGCAGAAUCUUAUCCUGAGUAUGGAGAAUAAAGCACUCAAACAACGUUUAGAAAGUUUAGCACAGGAGCAGCUUAUCAAAUACUUGGAGCAGGAAGUACUGGAAAGAGAGAUUGGAAGAUUACGUGGCAUGUAUCAACAACAUCUGCAGCAGUCACAUCAGCCUCAACAACAACCAUCUGGUAGUCAUAGACGCACAAACAGCAGAGACCUUGACUCUCAGUUUGCUAACCUUUCUCUCAAGCACAAGGACACCAACUCGGGGCAUGACCCUUCAAAUGGAGCUCUCAGAAUUUAGAUGUUGCCACCCCUGUGAUAGAAUUUGUUUCCUUCCAACAUGCGGGAUUGUGCAGAGAUUUCCAGGAUAUGUCGCCCUCUCUCUCUCUCUGCCCGCCUUGCUGAUAUUUCAGCGUUUGUAUUAAGUCGUUAUUUGUUCCCUAUUUACUUAAACUAUUGCCAUUUAUUUAAUGUUGCACCUGGUGGUCAUUGCCGAAAUCUUUAUUCUAAUUUCGGUCACUUGACCUGCCGGUGGUGGUAACAAUGGUUUCGAAGCUUUCACUUCUACUGAAUCUCCUUCAGUUCAGUGAUUAUGUAACUGAAUACCUCCUAUUGUGAAUCUCCGUUGUGUUGGAAGUUGGCCCAGUGCAAAGAGCAGAUAUCUUAGGGCUAUUUGGAUGUGCAUUAUUAUUUGUAUGGAUAUCUUUUAGCUAAUGUUUGUAAUGUGAUUUUAAUGGAAUUCAUCUUUUCUGAACA